AUGCUCUCCUUCAGCUCCCUCUCUGUCCUUGCCACCCUCGCGCUCAGCGCUUUCACAUAUGCGGCCCCCACCGUCGGCCCCGCUAGCGACGUGUCUUCCUUCGCGAAGCACGUCCCCGCAGUCUCCGCUGUUGAGGUUCCCAAGGUCCCUCGCGCCACCAAGAACGUCGUCGACAUCAUCAACGAGACCCACACGCAAGUCUACCAGUACACUUAUGAAUUCCAGUUCAUUACGGCGGACAACGCUACUCUUGAGGUCCUUACGCCUCUCGUGGACGAAAUUACGACUGUUCUUGGCAGCGCUCUCGUUUCGAUCAACGGUCUUGUUGGUGAAGCGGAGUCUGUUGUCCUCGGGCUUGAGGGUGGUGUGUUGUUGACUGUGACUGAGGUUGUCUCGGUUGUUGUCGGCCUCUUGACUCUUGUUCUUGACGCUGUCAGCGCUGUGCUUGCCGUUACCCUCAGCAGCAACCUUGCUUGCGUAUCUGCGCUGCUUGCUGGUCUGCUUGAGGUUCUCGGUUGCCUCGUAUGUGCCAUUGUGAUGCUCGUGCAGCCGUUCCUCGGCAGCCUCAUCUCUUUGGUCCUCGCUGCGCUUGGUGACGUUGUCGGUGUUCUCACCACCCUCAAAGUCACUGUCCUCAUCUCCAUCCUCGGUAUCACUGCUUAA